AUGGCAAUUGAUACACGUGGUGCACUCGAUAGGGAAGGUUGUUCUGAAUGUAGAUGUGACUUGUUUAAUCUCCCAAAGGACUUUUAUAAUGUCACAAGGGGCACUUAUGGCGAACCAUUGACCAAGGAUUAUAAGGGAGGAAUGUUUUGUUGCCAAGACAAAUUUCAAUGCAAAUUGAGAGAGGGUUUUCAAGGCCCAAGGAGAAACCUUUCCCUAAGAUACAAAAUAAGGUGGGUUGAUUGGGACCAACACCAAAUUCCUGUGAAGAUUUAUGUACUUGAUUCAACCGAUCAGGUGAGAUCAAACGGAUCCAAAGUAGUCCAUGAGUGCCAGGUAGAAUAUACUGUUCCCGCGAAUGGAGGUAAUGACUCUCCUCAUGUCCAGAAAGCAAACAUCCCAAUGCAAAAGGGUGGUUAUCUCAUCUAUGCCAGUGGUCAUAUGCAUUCAGGUGCUAUUAAUGCAACUCUAUACGGACAGGAUGGAAGGACUUUAUGUAUCUCAAAACCAAAAUAUGGAAAGGGUAAGAAAGCAGGAGAUGAGAAAGGUUACGCGGUUGGAAUGUCCGUUUGUUAUCCAAAACCAGGUUCUAUCAAGAUUAAGGAUGGUGAAACUUUGACAUUUGAAUCCAGAUACAAAAGUGGCUUUCGAACAGGAGUUAUGGGACAAUUCAACAUCUAUUUGGCAGAGCGAUUACCGCUAUCGACAAAGACAUCAUAA